CACGUGUCCGCCACGUGAACAGCUGAUUGUGACGUCAUUCAGCAACAAGCAACAUGGCGGAGUGGAACAGAGGCCAUGGCUCUGUGGAUGAUGUGCUCGAUGCUGAAAACAAACGGCUGGCAGAGAACCUGGCCAACAAAGUGUCCAGACUGAAAUCUUUGGCUUACGACAUCGACAGAGAAGUGGACGAUCAGAAUGAGUACCUGGAUGGCAUGGACUCAAACUUCAUGAGUGCGACAGGCCUGCUCACUGGCAGUGUGAAACGUUUCUCCACCAUGGUCCGAUCAGGACGAGACAACCGCCGUAUCCUGUGUUACGUCUCCAUGGGGAUGGUCCUGGUCUUCCUUGUUCUUUACUACCUGGUGUCCAGGAUCCACCAAUAACUGGGAAAACAAGAUCAGCCAGGCUCUGAUAUGGAGCUGAGACUUUAGACUGUAAUGUCAAAACUGAUUUAAAUAAAGACUUUUUUUAUUUUGCACCAAAGAAAGAAAGCACGACGUAGGCAAAAUUGGAUUGACCAGUUGGAGGUGUCAGUCAGCCCACCGGAGGAAACUGUAGUGGACGUGGUCACGUCAAUGAGACGCCUGAACUUUGGGAUCUUUGAGUUGGCUAUGAGUACGUCCCAUCCUGCAGCAGCAAGUCCUGAUUUGGUUGGAAGACAACAGAGCCCGGACGCUCGGGAGGUGGGAAUGUCAUUCACCAUAUCCGAGUUUAAUUGAUUGAUGAACCUGUCAAUCAGGAGAAAAUUUCCAAAAAAUCAGUUUGAGUUUUCACACCUAGAGCUUGUUUAUCUUCCUCCGAGUCCAUCUUGUUUCAGUUCUUGUCACAUACAAAAACAUCUAACAGCCAAAAUGCAUCACAAACAUACAACACUGUAAGUAUUAGGCACAUAUUUGUCAUGCAGGAGGGAGAAAAUACAGAAAAUAUAGAAAUGGUGGUGCUGUGUUUAGUCCAAACACCAGUAAGCCACCACAUUAAAAUUACAUGCAUAAUACAUUAACAUAAGACUUGUGUUCAGUGUCCUGUGAUUUGUGGUCUAUAUUUAUGCUAUAUUACCACAUUCACCUGCAUAAAUGAGUCACAACAAGAGGGAAACUGAAUCAAGAGUCCGACUGUACUAAAGUCAAUAACUGGGAAAUAAUCUGCGAUUUUAGUCAGUGUAAUGCUCUGCAAUGUUGACAUUUCUCUCUAUCUAUGUUUAGUGUUUCCUACUGUCUCACAAUGAAGUGCAAGGAAGGAAAUGACUGACGAGGCAGAGGUCAAAAAGUUUUAUAUGUGGAAAAUAUAGCAAUUUUUAAUUUGUCCAAAAUUAAUUGUGUUUGUUACUGCUAGGGCAAACAUAUGAAGGUCAAACAUGCAUAUAUUCAUUAUUUUGGGGCACUAAAACUAAUCAGUCCACCCCACUAGUACAAAAAGUGGUACCAUCUGCUUUUGGCUGGUCUUGGUCUUGUCACUGCAUUUUGAAAGAUAGCUCUUAAGACUUUUGACAUGUUCAUAUGUUAUUAGCCAUCCUUUCAGUAUGUUUGCAAUCCAGACUGUUUUUAUAAUUAUAAGAAAUGUUGGGACCUAUCCUAUCCUGUUGAUGGGUUACAAGAAUAUU